AUGCUGCUGCACGCGGAGCAGCUCGCUGCCGCCGCCGCUGAACAUCUCUGUCCGGCCGUCGUCGUCGUCUGCGUUGUCUUCUCCGUCACGGUGUUCUUCAACCUGGCCAUCUUCUCGCUCAACUUUCUGGUCGCACGCGGGCGGGCUGCCGGGGGAACAAGGCUGCUGCUCCGCCCAACCGCGAGAGCCGGAGCAGCACCUGCUGUCUCUGCAUCGAAAUCUCUACCUGCCCCUUUCAUCGGGCUCUGCCUCGUCAUGGGAGCGGGGCUGCACGCCAAAUCGCUCGCCGCCGCGGCUGCCGAGUACCAAAUCGACCCGGCCGUCGUCGCGCUCUUCCACUUGACGAUCCUCUCCAUUCACAAGACCCUGGCGAGCCAUCGGGCCGAGGACGAGCCCAAGCAGCUGCUGCGCUCGCGAAGACUCCCUCUGCUCCCGUUCGUCGUCGUCCUCGCGCUCGCCAUCUCCGCGGCGUCGUCCGUGCAGACCGUCAUGGCGGAUGGCGCGCCCGAUCUUCCUCAGGACGCCUCCGUUUGGGCCGCGCUGGUCCUCGCCAUGUCAUUCAAUAUCGCACACUGA